CGAUGACGUUUAUACGAGGAGGUUAGCAUAUUUAUAAUUUAUAAAAGCAGCCGCACUGUUUAUUAUUUUUCAGUUCCUUAUAACAUGGCGAGAUCUUCGUCUCGUCAAGCAGAGAGAUUAAAAUAUUUUUUAUUCGUGUUGUUCUUCCAAUCGUUCGGCAGUGCGUACGUAGCGAAAGAAGAAUUCGCUCCAGAACUUUAUUCAUUAGAAAUAAAAUCUGUGAAAGAAAAUGCGGACAGCAGACAGGUUACAUUCGAAGUGCGCGGAAGAAAUUUGCAAAGUACAACACAAAUCAAAGCGACCAAAGCCAAGGCGGAAAAGGACAGUGUGUGCGAGGACUUUGACACAAAUUUUAACUUUAGUUUGAUAGAAAAUAGUGAGUCUACGAAGGCGCAGUAUUUGUUAACAGUGCCAAAAAGUGCGAAGGGUGUCAUAUAUUUUUGUUUACCCCGACAAGUCAGAGAGAACAGUGCCCUCGUGCCCCCUAUAUUUAAGGGAGACUUUAUUAGGUGGUAUCAUCAAGGGCCUGACCUUACUUACAAUUUACCUUCCGAGUAA